AUGGAUUUCAAGAAAGUGAAUGGGGAAAAGGGCUUGGAGAAAUUCGAAGAUUCAGCCAUGGGGAAGGGAGUGAAGGAUGUGAGCAGUUUGGGUGAGAAUGGGGAGAGCACUGUGUUCUUGAGAGCUGAUAUGAUCGAUUUCAAGACAUGGGAUGUGCAGAUGGAUAAGCAUUUGACUCGAGCUUGGUCAAAGGACACUGAAUCCCAUGAAAUGGCAGAAGAAUGGGAGAUCGACUUGUCUAAGCUCGAUAUAAAAAAUGUCAUAGCUCACGGGACUCAUGGCACUGUCUAUAAAGGCAUUUACGAUGGCCAAGAAGUUGCAGUGAAGGUAUUGGACUGGGGAGAAGAUGGUGACGCCACAGCGGCGGAGAGCGCUGCUCUUCGGACGUCUUUUAAACAAGAAGUUGCCGUCUGGCAUAAGCUCGACCAUCCCAAUGUUGCCAAGUUCGUCGGAGCUUCAAUGGGUACAUCGGCGCUUAAGAUACCUUCGGAAGGUGUUCUGUCUAGCAGCUGCAAUUCACUCCCGUCCGCAGCGUGUUGCGUUGUCGUCGAACACAUUCCGGGCGGGACGCUCAAGAAGUUCUUGAUCAAGAAUUGCCAGAAAAAGCUGCCCUUCAAAGUUGUUGUUCAGCUCGCCUUGGAUCUUGCUCGAGGCUUGAGCUACCUUCAUUCGAAGAAAAUCGUCCAUCGCGACGUCAAGACUGAGAACAUGCUGCUCGAUGCUAACCGAACUCUCAAAAUUGCCGAUUUCGGCGUCGCUCGAAUCGAAGCUCAGAAUCCGAGGGACAUGACGGGGAACACCGGGACUUUAGGUUACAUGGCGCCGGAGGUUCUCGACGGCAAGCCUUACAAUCGGAAAUGCGACGUGUACAGUUUCGGGAUCUGCCUGUGGGAAAUUUACUGCUGCGACAUGCCGUAUCCCGAUCUCAGCUUCGCCGAGGUUUCUGCCGCCGUCGUUCAACAGAAUUUGCGGCCGGACAUUCCGAGAUGCUGCCCGGGCGCGCUUGCCGGAAUAAUGCGCAAGUGCUGGGAUGCAAGGCCGGAAAGUCGGCCGGAGAUGGACGAGGUCGUGAGGCUGCUGGAAGCUGUGGAUACCAGCAAGGGUGGCGGAAUGAUACCGAACGAUCGGGCCGGCGGGUGUUUUUGUUUUGGCUCUGCUGGCCGUGGACCGUGACGUUGGCGGCGGCGUUGUUGAUUUAUCCGUCCCCAAUGGAUCGCCGGUGGAUGUUCACUGUAAGUAGGCAAUGUGGCUUCUUUGUUUUGAGUCUAGGAGGCUCACUUAAGAUUAAAUGUGUGGUAAGAUUUAUAGGAAGUGGGAAAAUGUUGUUUGUAUACACACAUGCAUACAUAUCGGCUUCUUAAUAAAAAUAUGUUUUGUAUACCCUA